AUGGAAGCUCUUCUGCCACAAUCCAUAUACUACAAGCUAAAGCCAUUCUUCUCUAUUGGUCUUCCUCCCACCAACACAAUGAUCCGCACCAGCAUCAUUAAAGCCUUUUCUCUGAGUGGUAUCCUGUUUGCCGCCACCGGAGACUGUGGCCAGAUCCUUAACGCUGUCUGGUCUUCUUCAACUUUCUCGACCAUCGGUGGUCGCGGCGGCAAUCACCACGGCUACUCGGAUGGGUUUGCCCUGUUUAAGGAGGAUGGCGGACAGGUUUUCUCCGAUCCAACUCCCGGCGGCGGUACUCCAUGCACAUGGGCCCCUGGCACGACCUUCUACCUCACCGGCGGAUGUUUUCCUGAGGGGGUCCAGUUCAGUUUUAACUGCGUGGCCGAUUUCGCGGGAAUGCCAGAAAGCUGCGCGGUCUUGGAUGUGUAUGGUAAUGAACUCUCCAGCGCAGAUGGCAAUUCAAACUUCAACUUUAUUGGUAUUUCUAUCUCUCAGGAUGGAUACUGUGGUACCUCUUGGGAACUGCCCGAGGGCGCGGACUGUCAGCCAGGCGUCACUGGAAUCAAGGCUACUCUAAACCCUCAACCCGUGAGGGGGGAUCCUGCCGAGUAUGAUCCUAUUGGGGGAAUACCCCGGGAGGAACGAAGCUAUGCUACGGAAACAGAGGGAAAGAUGGCCCAACCCUAA